AUGGGCUUGGCUGACAAAAUCACCUCCAAGAUCUCGGGCAACAAGGAACUCGACCAGGCUGACAAGGCCGCCGGUAAGGCUAUCGGCAAGGACAACCUCUCGAGUGAGGUUGCCAAGGGUAACAUUAGCAAGGAAGAUGCUAUCAAGUAUGCUAACGACGCCGACAAGGCUGGCGGCAAGUACGUGGGCAGAGAGAACUUGUCUGGUACUGAGGGCGGUAUCGGCAGCAAGUUUUCUGGCCAGGGUGCCUCUGGUACUUCUGGUGCCUCUGGUGCUCACGGUGCAUCUGGCACUGGCGCUUCGGGUGCACACGGUUCCUCUGGCUCGGGUGCUGGCACCGCCGCUGGUGCUGGAGCCGCUGGUGCUGGCGCUGCCGGAGCUGGCACUGCUGCCUACGGUGCUUCUGGCUCGGGUUCUGGUUCUGGCACUUCUGCUACUGGCUCUGAUGCCUAUGGCUCUUCUGGAGCUGGCGCUUACGGCUCUUCUGGAGCUGGCAAAGAAUCCUAUGGCUCUUCUACAGGCCACGGCGCCUCCGGAUCCCAGGGUUACGGCUCCUCUGGUGCCGGUGGUAACACUUACGAGACUGGCGCCGGCUCUACUUCUGGUAGAGGUUACGAGGGCCACCAGCAGGGUGCCUCUGGCACUUCUGGAACCUCUGGUCACGGUGCUUCCCACGGACAGAGUCAGAACUACGGUAAGGACGCCAUCUCUUCCGGAAAAGAUGCUUCCAACGCUUACAGCUCUGGCGACAAGGCUGGUCUUGCUGCCGGUGGUGCUGGUGUAGCUGCUGCUGGUGCCGGUUACGGUGCUUCUCAUUACGGUUCUGGCAAGGAGUCUUCUGCUCACCAGUCUGGCUCCGGUCCAAGGACCCACGGUUCUGAUGCCUACGGCUCUAGCCAUCCAUCUCACGGAUACGACACUGCCUCUGGUGCUAAGUCCCAGGGCGCUCCAGGUGGCAUCAGAGAAGGCUCGGCUACUACAUCUGGUUACGACUCCACUGGCGGUGCUGACAAGUAUGGUGCUACUGGAAACCACGGUCAUGGUGCUACUGAUGCAAACGCUACUGGCUCUGGCGUUGGUGGUGCCGUUGGUGGCGCUACUGGUGCCGGUGCUGGCUACGGCGCCUCCUCUGGUUCCCACGGUACUUCUGGAUCACAUGGUACCUCGGGCACACACGGUGCUUCCAGCACUGGUGCUGGUUUCACUACGGGUGACGCUUCGUUAGACUCCAAGAUCUCCAAGUUGGACCCCAAGGUCCAGGAGAAGGCUAAAGAGGCCUUCCACAAGGGUUACGACGACGCUAUCAAGUCUCUUAACAAGUCUUAG